AUACACACACAUACACACAGACGCACACGUACAUACACACAAGUGCUUCUAGCCAUGUACAGCUCUCGACCAAACAGGUCGUCGGCAAGCAGAGAACGGACCCGGCAGGCUGUGCUGGCGCGGACACUGCGGCGUGAGGGUUCAGGCCGGAGGGGCAGCUCGGGGUCAAGCAUGAGAGCGAUGUCCGACUCGGGGUCGUCGUCCGACGACGCUGCGCUGGCAGACAAUCCAUUUGCAUUGCCGGAUGAUGUCGGGGUGUUCACGCUGGCGCAGGUGAAGCGGGCGGACAAGAUCGCGGCGCUGCGAGCGGCGGAGCAGGCCAAGGAGAGGGCGCGGGUGCGGCAGGAACGGCGCGAGGCGGCAGAAAAGGCGGCGCUGAGGGCGCAAGAAGAGGUUGAGGUACAGGCCAAGUCAACCCGCGACAUUGUGGCCAAGGCGUCGGCGUCGAUCCGCAAGCAGGCCGGCAAGGAGAACUUGCGGGAGAUGAUCCGCAACAAGCGCGAGAUGUUUCUCAUCGAGUUCUCGCUCGGCGUCAAGCGCGACGAGAUGCGCAAGCUAGAGGAGCACGCCCAUGCUGCUGACUCGCGGAUUGAGCACGAGCGCAAAAUGCUUGCACUCGAGGCUCAAAAGUGGGAAGAGUACACCACGUACUCGACCGAGCGGGUGAAGGCUGUCCAGCGGCAGGAGGCCGAGACGCUCAAACUUGUCGAGUCCAAGGAGGCCCAGCUGCGGACAGUCGACGAGGAGAUCAAGGACUUUACGUCUCGGAUUCAGGAUCAAGACGAGGUCAUUGCCAAGUACCAGGUCUUGAAAGAGUUUCUCAUCUCGCUCGCGCCGCCCGAGUGGGUGGCUGCGCAGUACGCGGCCAAGCGGGAGCGCCAGCAGCGGAGGCGCGAGGCCAAACGCGAGGCGCGUCAGGCACGUGCCGCCCGGCGCGCCGCCCGCAAGGAAGCCGCCGCCGCCGCCCGCAAGCAGGCAACGUCGACGAUCCAGGGCCGGUCGCGAGCCAACACGCUCUCGCUCGUUCUCGCGCCCGGUUUUGACUCUGCCGGCUCAGGCUCCGGCUCCGGCCCGGACUCGGGCCUCGCGCUCGACGACUCGGACUCGGGCUCGGACUCGGGCUCGUCUUCUGACUCGGCUUCUUCGUCAGGCCUGGAAAUCCCGAUGUACUUUGAGUCGCCGGAGCAGCUGCUGGUUGUCUUCCACGAGCUGGAAAAGUCAAACCUCUCGCUGGUCAACAACUCGCAGGAGAUCGAGGAGGCGCUCGAGCACCUGCGCUCCAAGUACUCGUCGGUCCGUGACGGUCUGGCCGGUGAGAUCAACCAGCUCGCCAGCCGCAUCGCCGCGCUCGACUCGGACCUCGGUCGCGAGCGCGCCCGCAUCGCCGCCAUCCAGUCGCGCAAGGCCCACUUUGAGCGGUCAGCGCUCCAGAUCGACACCGCUGCCGGAGAGUCGGCCGACCAGCAGCUUCAGCGUCUUGAGUCGCGUGUCCGUGAGCUCUACACCAAGUGCUGCCGCGAGCCCGACGAGAAGGGUGGCGGCCCGGCUGAGCUCCACCUCCGCACUGUCGACAUGCUCACCAACUUUGAGCGCAGCCUCCGUGCGCUCAUGGACGAGAUCCGCGAGCUCGACCCCAAGCUCGUCAAUACGCGAGAAAAGGAGAUGAAAAAGGUGCGCAAGAAGGCCAACCGCAACCGCAACAUGGCUGAUCUUGAGCAGCUGUGGGAGGCCCGCCGCGCCAAGCACCAGGACCGCGUCCAGCGCGAGUCCGGCAAGCGCAAGAUCGGCCGUAAGCUCAUGCGCCGCUCCGACCCGAUCAUCAAGCGCUCGCGGGCCAAGGACGAGGAGGACAAGAAGGCUGAUCGCGACUUUUUCAACCGCUACUUUUUCCAAGAGUGA